CCCAGAUCUUCCUUUGACUUUUAUUAGGAUGGCGUCUGAAUUUAGCUCGUUAGUAGAGGGCGCUGUUUGUGAAGAAGCUGAAUGUAAAUCAGUUACUGACGUCACGUUCUAUGUGAAGGAGAAGAAGAAGCUCUGUCAUGACUGCGCCUUGAAAAAAGAAUGCAUUGGAAUAGUACGAAGAGGUGUACCUAAUCUCUUAUGUAAGGAACAUGACGAAUUAAUACGUUUGUAUUGCAGAACACAUAACGUAGCAUUAUGUUAUUCAUGUGCAUCGAUAGAUCAUCGCCAACAACAGUGCGUUCAAGAGGAUAUCAUGAUCGCACUGAAGAAAAAUAGAGAAGAUCUCAGCAUCCUAAAGAAUAGAGCGAGUGAUAAAUCAGAGUUAUGUCGCAUCUAUGGGAAUGAGAUUCAUAAGACCAGACAAGCCAAAGACGAACAUUUACAAACUAUUCAGCGUGGUGUUGAUUCCGAAAUCGAAAUCGCGAUCGAAAGAGACACAGCCAGGGAAAAGGAAGAUGCUGAUAAAAUCGACAAGGAAAUUGAUGGGGAAAAUGAACAACUUCAGAAGGAGAUUCGAAAGCUCAAGGAUAAAAUUGAAAAGAACAAUGAGAAGAGAGAGAAGCGGCAUGAAGAAAAUCGUUCAAUUGCAGAGAAAAGACGAAAGCCGAUUACUGAUAAACAACGCAUUCUUCAUGGUGACAUUCAGAAGAUCGCUCAAGAGAUCGAGAGAAAGAUUGGAGAGCUUGAGAAAUCAUGGCAAGACGACAUCAAAUCAGCAGAGAAAGCAAAAGAGACACUGGACAGAAUUCUUGAAGACGAUAAAAAUAUUGUCAUAGAUGGACAUCGUGUGCAUGCAUCAGUGAGUGAGGAACUAAAGAAGCAACUGAAUGAGGGUGAGGUGAAAGAAAUAAAUCGUGUUGUAUCAGGUGUGAGGUUUGUGAAGGGUGUUGGGAGAGAGAAGUAUGAUGGAAGAAUUGAUGGGUAUGAUGGAGAGUGGAAGCUCAUUGAUACAAUCAAUGUCAGAGAUAAAAUCACAUUCCCGUACAUUGUUGGAUGUAUAGAUGAAGAUAAGGUGAUGAUCACAGAUAGGAACUUUGGUGGAACACACACCUACAUGUUACAUUUGAACAGUAAAACCACACAGAGCGUGAUCAAAGGUAGUGAUACAUAUAUAACAUCAUGUGCAGCAGUGAAUGAUGACAAGAUAGUAUGUGGUAGAUACAUCACAGGUUGUAGAGGAGACAGUCUACCUGGGUGCAUCAGUGUAUACGACAGACAGUGGAAUCACAUCAAUGACGUCACAAUACCAAGAAACACGACGCGUACUGAUGUAGCGGUGCGCGUUGCAAUCGAUCAGGAUGGGAUGAUCAUCGCUGCUGAAUCGGGUCAGUCUAUGAUAUACGUCAUCAACCCAGCUAAUGAUGAGAUUAUCAAUACCAUCACGUGUAAAGAGAAGAUAGUAAUGUACGAUGUGCUGUCAUCAGGUCACAUCAUCGCUCGACCUUCACCAUCUGAUCGCAGAGCACUCAUCAUUGACAGAGAGGGUGAUCAUAGGGAAAUCCCCCACAGUGAUGUCAUCUUGAAUGUGUGUGUUGAUCGUAUGACAGACGACCUCUACGUCGUGACAUCAGAUGAUGAGAGAAAGACGCGUGUGAUUGAUCAGGUGAUGAGUGAGGGUGAUAUGAAGAAGAGAAGAGUAGCAUUAUUCCCUUUAUCAACUACAAUGGGGAAUAGAUAUCACCUUACCGUAUCUCGAGUGAUGAUGAUGUCAUCAGGGAAUAUAAUUGCAUGUGAUGGAGAUAAUAUUCUCAUAUUCAAAAAGCAAUUCAUCGUCUAGAUCCAUGACAGAUGAUAAUACCAAAGAAACAAAUGAUAUUGGGAAUAUUGCUACAUCUUACCAUUAUAUGCUUCUUAAAAAAACAACAACGCAUGAUUCAUCGUAAAUUCAUGGUUUGUUAAUGGGUCAGCUUCAUAGUCAUAAUUGGAAACCAAUCGGGGAUAUGCUCUUAUAUUGUACACGUUGUGUCAGAAUAUUUUAUAAAAGACUACGCCGUUGCUUUCUUGGAUUAAUUAAUAUUUAUUUGAGUUUAGUUUCAUUUAUGCUAAUUGUAAUACUUAGCACUUAAAAUGUUCCCUAAUUUUAUGUAAUCAUGCCUUUAAAAAUAUCCUUCUAAUAGUCCAUCACGUGUAUUUUAGCAACUAAUGUCUUAUCAUGCUAGUGAAUCAGUAGUUGUUACUUAAAAUGAAUGCUCAGUGAUAUCUUGAUUCAGUAAUGAAAAUUGAAAUUACACGAAGCGCUAUACUCCUUUAUACAUUGAAAUUGUGUUCUUUUGACUCCUUUGAAAACACGUUAAACGUUCAAAUUAUAAUUGAUCUGAGAAUAAUGUUGCGAUUUUAGAAAGGAUCGUGGUGACGUUCGCUGUAUCUCGAUGCGCAUUACAUCUAAACAUUGCUUGCUUGUUUGUAUAUUUUCGCUUCCAACAUCAGAUCAACAUAAACCA